AUGGUUAAUCAACAAUUUCAUAGCAGCCCUCCCAUUCUAGUUAUUGUAGGACCCUCUGGAUCCGGUAAAACCACUUUAAAUGAUAGAUUGAUCGUUGAUCAUUCUGAUAUAUUCGAGAACAGUGUUAGUUGUACAAGUAGAGCCGGUAGAAAGGGGGAAAAGGACGGUGUAAAUUAUUAUUUCGUUUCUAACGAGGAGUUUGACCGUAUGGCAAUCAAUAAUGAGUUUGUGGAGCACGCCGAGUACGUGGGCAAUAAGUACGGCACAAUGAAAUCCGAGUUGAACAGGAUCUUGGGGCUAAGCAAGAUCCCUGUGCUCGAAAUAGAAAUGCAGGGGUGCAAGCAGGUUCACAAGGCCGGUUACCCUAUGAGAAGUGUGUUUAUCGACCCUGACGACCUCGAGGUCCUCAGGCAGAGGCUCCUCCUCAGGGGCCGAGACAGCGAAGAGACGAUAAACAAGCGAAUAGAGAGAGCCCGUCAGGAGAUUUUAGAGGCGAAGAGCUUCCCCUUCGACUUUAUAUUGAAAAAUGAUGAUUUUGAUAAGGCGUAUUCGAACAUGGUUGACAAACUUAGGGAAUGGUACCCGGCACUUAACCAGAAACUAACUUCCUAG